AUGUCUAUCGAUAUAAUUCAUGAUUUUUUCUUUUUGACUUUCAUCGCACCAUAUGUAAUCAUGAUAUUUAUGCGCAUCUCGUAUAAGCAACAAAGCGUGGAUCCAGCUACAAAAAACAUUGAAAAAGCUAUUUUAGCGCUCAAUAAUGAAAUCAGUAAAAUGUGCACUGAAUCAGAAUGGAAAAGUGAAACCCAGAGUCUAGGUCGCGCCUCUAUUACAAGCCAUAAUAGAUCGGAAUAUCCAGAUGAAACCGAAGCUACCUGGGUUGAAUUUACCUACCUCUUCGACGAAAGAAGAAAAAGAGAAGGGCGUUUCCCCGCUACAAUGUACAAUGUCUUAUCUGAAGAAAUUAGACUUGAUCCUGCGACGUUAUCUGGAUUUUAUCGCCACCAAUAA